AAAAAAUUAUAAUACUCUCUAGCUCUAUAAGCUAUUAACAAAAAAAAACAUUAUUCCUUUUCAAAAUUAGUUUUAAUAUAAAACCUCUCUAUCCCUAUAUAUGGGUUUAAGAGACAUUGGUGCAACACUUCCUCCUGGAUUUAGAUUUUAUCCAAGUGAUGAAGAAUUAGUUUGCCAUUAUCUCUUCAAGAAAAUUGCUAAUGAAGAUGUUCUUAAAGGUACUUUAAUCGAAAUCGAUCUUCAUACAUGUGAACCAUGGCAACUUCCUGAGAUGGCAAAGCUGAACUCAAGUGAAUGGUACUUCUUCAGCUUUCGAGAUCGGAAAUACGCUACUGGUUUUCGUACAAAUCGGGCCACAAUUUCGGGUUAUUGGAAAGCGACAGGCAAAGAUCGGACGGUGGUAGAUCCGAAAACUCGUACGAUCGUAGGGAUGAGAAAAACUCUAGUUUUUUACAUGAAUAGAGCUCCUAAUGGAAUUAAAACUGAUUGGAUCAUGCAUGAAUUCCGCCUCGAAAAUCCACAUAUACCCCCUAAGGAAGAUUGGGUGUUAUGUCGAGUAUUUCACAAAGCUAAAGCCGAGAAUAAUAACAACAACAAUAAUAAUAACAUAUUCAACACGCAAAACAUGUAUGAGGUUGGUGUCAACUCUUCUCCCAAUAUGGAUGAGUCUCAUAUUGCUUUGCCGUACGCCGCGUUCUCCCAACGCCAAGUUGGUCAUCAAAGCCAGAAGUUGUUUGAUUUAUUGGAACCAAACAAUAACCAAAGUAGCUAUCUUCAAUUAAUGUCUCAAGAAAUGAAGGAACCUCAAUCGAACGAUGAAAUGGCUGAGGAUGAUGAUGAGUACGGGUUCUUGUUGGACAUGAAUUUCGAAGAUCCAAAUUUACAAGAUGGAUCGAGGAGUACUGCAUUCGAGCAUUGGGAACAUGUGAUUUGA